CCCCCUUAACUAGCAGCCUUUUCAGUCCUACCCCUGCUUCAUACAGAGGGCUCCGUCCACAAGGGUCAGGUAUCACAUAAACCGCCAAAAUGGGUGAAGAGUGAAAAAAAUGCAAACUGUCCAACACUCGCAAAGUGCACCUGAAGAGCUUGAUGCUCCAGGUUGCCAAAACAGCUCUAGAAAAAGAAGAAGCAGAUACAGCCGCAGAGAAAGAGAGCUAUCUGGACGAGCAUUGUCCUCCCUUGAGUCUGCCACACUCUCUGCAAGAUCUGCAGGAAUUUGUCAAAAAGUUGCACGCCAAGAUUGAUGUGGUUGAUGAGGAGAGAUAUGACAUGGAGGUCAAAGUUCAGAAGAGCUCCAAGGAGCUGGAAGACCUCAACCAGAAGAUCUUUGACCUGAGGGGUAAAUUCAAGAGGCCCGCACUGAGACGUGUGCGUAUGUCAGCUGAUGCCAUGCUUCGCGCUUUGCUUGGUUCCAAGCACAAAGUCAACAUGGAACUUCGUGCCAAUCUCAAGCAGGUCAAGAAAGAGGACACCGACAAGGAGAAAGAUCUUCGUGAUGUUGGUGACUGGCGUAAGAACAUUGAGGAGAAAUCUGGUAUGGAAGGCAGAAAGAAGAUGUUCGAGUCUGAGGCUUAAGGACCGAACUAGACCAAGACUAUCUUCAACCCCUUUGCUGCCAAUAGAUGCUCAUCUAACCAAAUCAAAGAAAAUCCAUCUGGCAAUAUGGGGUUAACCCCCUCUGCUCUUCAGUUUACUUAGGCCUUCAACAGCUAAGGGUUUUGUGAAGUCUUACCUCCACCCCACACCCUACUCCCGCUGUUUCUCAGACAUUACACCAUGUCACAACCCCAGGGAAUGUCUUAAAGUAUGUUUAUGGACUCUGGGGGGGGACUCUGGUUUAUGGGUCCCCUCUGUUUUAGCCAAGUCUGGUUCUUCAGAAGAUGUGUUAUGUGGACGUGAAAACUUAACUGUGUAAAUAAAGCUUGUGACGUCCUUUAUGGUUGGUGAUACCUGAAGUGGAGGUGACGUCACUGUCCUUUUCUUCUGUCUUACAA